AUGUCGGACCGCGAGCGCGGAUAUCUUGACCUCGCGGCCCUUAUUUGCGUAGCGCUUUUCAAUAUCGUGGUGGAAAGUGCUCCUCGCUGGCUUCGUUUGCGCGCCUUUUGGGUAAAGAAGCCGCUGACUAUACCGACAGCGAUCACUUUGACGGACGCUCAAUCAAUAUCGAUGCUUAAUCUAACCUUCUUGUUCCACCCACUGGACAGCGGAGACGGUUCGUUCCCAAGAGACGUGUAG